CCCAUUGCUCUCUGGCUGUUUUAAUGCAUUUCUCUAUUUGCAGCCCAGCUAGAAUUACCUUUGUUCUCCCAUUAGCAGAAUGGAUGGUGGCUGCUUAUGAGAUUAGUGCCGACCACAGGAUGAGCAGCUUCUGUCCGGCAUGAGAUGGGAGUGAGCAUCUUCUAUGGUGGAGCAAUGUUAUGAUCCAGAGCUGUCUGGAUCUCCUGGGAGGCUGGAAAUUCAUUAUUAGGACGCCUGGAAAUCCAGACACAAACCAGACAGAGCCCUCCUGGCCUCAUCUCUCCAUACUGACAAUACCCUGAGCUUGUCCAGCCCCUGGACCCCUAGGACCUCUCCCAGCAGCGCUCUCCAAGGUGCUGAGGGACCUCCUUGACCUCAGAAGCUCCUGUAUGGUCUACACCUAAGAAGAUGGCCGAUCAGGACCUGUAGGAGAAAAAAAGCUCCAUCCAUCUCAACAUCUACCUCCAAGACCUGGUCCACAAGGACACCACCCACCCUUGCAAGCCUGGUGGGCUUCCAUAAAGGGUGAAGAUGGGGAUAGCUAGAAGGAAUCUAUCCUGGACCCAGCCAGGGAUGCUCCUAUUAAUGGUCGGACUAUGCAUGCCUGUUUGUGUAGAAGUUCCUUCAGGGACAGAAGCUGUGCAGGGACGAAACAUGACGCUGGCGUGCAUUUCCUGCAUGAAGAGGGAAGAGGUUUACGCCAUCACCACAGUAAAGUGGUUUUACAAGCCACCUUUUGGCGGGGACGAAUCCCUUACCCAGAUAUACGAGUACAGUGCGGGACAGCCCAAGGAACAAAAAAGUUCCAUGGAAGGACGUCUGGUUUGGAAUGGGAGCAGAGAUCUCCAAGAUGUCUCCAUCACCAUAAUCAACGUGACCAUGAAUGAUUCAGGAAUUUACACCUGUAACGUGACCCGGAUUCUCCACUUUGAAGCGCACAAUCACUUGGUUGAAAAUGAGAUCCGCAUCUCUCUUACUGUCACGAAAGAAGCUAGUGACGAUUUUACGUCGGUCCUCUCUGAAAUCAUGAUGUACAUCCUCCUUGCCUUUCUAACACUGUGGUUACUGGUGGAAAUCGUCUAUUGCUACAGAAAGAUUUCCAAAGCAGAAGACGUGACCCAGGAGAGCGUCUCGGAUUAUCUAGCAAUAGCAUCAGAAAACAAGGAGAAUUGUUCUGUUCCGGUGGAAGAGUAAUACUAGGAUCAAAAAUUACCAAUGGGGUGACCAGAAGCCAAGAGGAGUCGAUUUGUCUCCAAUCAACAAAGAGGAGUUAGCCAUACACAACCCGAGUCCAGCAAUUAAACGACCCUUGUUUCUUAUAACCCCAUACAUUGCCUUACCUACUCUGUACACAUAUAGGCAGAACUCUGUUUAUGGUUGAACUAUGUAUCUUAUGAAGAGUGGAAUAUACAAAGCUUGGAGAGAGAUAUACAAGAUUCUGGACGUCCGGAGAAGACUGUUCAGUAGAUACCCUAUGGUGAUGCACUAAUCUGCACUAGUGAUAAUUAAUAAAUACAAAUUGCACUUGCUAGGCCAACAUAACUUUACCCAUCACUAUUUCAGGAGAAACCUUAAAAUAUCACAUAUGGGAUUAGACGUGGCAGUGUGUUUUUGUCAACGUCUACAAGCACUUUUUCCACGAUCACUUUGUGUGCUGUGCAGGGGAUAUAACGUGUGUGAGCGGGAUUUAAUUAGUGGCCAGGCACAGACAAAACCAUAAAGACUUGAAAAUAUUCUCUAAAAUUUCAAUCACUAAUACAUGGAGAGGGAGAAAAGUGCUACCACUCUUUAGAUAUUGGGUCCAGAGUGUUUAAAUUAUUGGGGGAAUCGCUAUGAAGAUAACAAUCAACAUUGUCUUGAAUCAGUAUCCAGCCAAAAUUAACAUGGGGGAUAGCACUUGGCGUAGGAGGUUGAAAUGCAGUCAUGUGCCCAUUAAACGGAGUUACAUUUUGCGCUAAAUAACGUUCUCUCUUAUUCUCUAUGCUCCAUCCUCGAAAUCUGCACCCUCUGUUUUGUUUUUAAUUUGCUACCAAGGUGAAGUGAAGUGAAGCUAUGGCUAAAACAAAGGCUUCUAUAUCGUAACUCCUUAGCCUAUUCUUCAAAGCGCUAUUUAACCUUCCAGGGCUAUAGGAGUUAGUUACAUUUAUAAUUAAAACAUACAUUAAAAUCUUAUAAAAUGUGGACAUUAUAUUGGAUCUACCCGUAAUGCAAUGUUCAUAUCAAUAAACUAUGUAAAAGUAAGCCUAAACACUAUAUAUCUCUGCCCACACAUUCGUAAAGUGGUACAUUAUAUAAAGAACAUAUAUUAUUAGGUAUUCCUGAAAGUAUUUAAAUCAUACACGUCUAUACAGUUUUUAUACGCUCUGUAUCACAGACUGACGGCAUAGAAACAGUUACAUAUUCAGACAUCAGUGAGUCUGCUGGGCCUCUCAGACUCCAGGGUCAACAGGUAGAGAGAUCGGACCAGAGAAUUUCAGGGAACUUAACACAGUUAUGGUUUCAAAACAAUAUGGCAUACGAUGAUGGGAGUCCCAGCAGAAUGAUAAAUCCAUUCAAUAUCAAAGAACAAGGUCUGGUGUGCAAUACCGGUCUGUAUCUCAAAUAAUGUUACCAGCCAGCCGAUAUGGAUGGGGUGACCGUAAUGGAAUUUAAACAUGUGGGGGACUUUGUUACACUGGAAGAGUAGGGGAUACAUGAUAUAUGGUUAACCAGUUGGAGAUACUUUAAACAGUAUAGAAUAGGUAUGGAAAAGGUGGAGUGAUUUAUUAAUAAACAAUAUUGUGCAAUUCUGAUAGCAGUCAAAUACUGUUUCAUUAGCCACAGUUUUACCCAGUAUGAAACCUGAAACAUUAUUCACCGUUGGGAAAAAGUGAACCCAAAACCAGCCAAAGGGGAAAUAACGAGAACUGAAAAAUUGUCCUACUCUGGCCUACAAUUCGAAGCAGACACUGAAUACCUGGCAACUCACACUUUCAUAAAUAACACGUUAGGAAAAUGACCUAUUGUCAGCUUUCCAAAAUAUGAGAAAAAUAAACGUGUUGAUCCGAAAUGUCCUUAUUAAUGAAGAGCUUAUAGUGUAAAUUUCACAAGUAGACCACUCUUCACGGAUAACAUAGCUGUUUACGGUCUCUUAUUGCUCGUAUGUAAACGUUUUGCUGCAAAGUUUUGUCUUGCAGAGGUCCAGUACGGAGAUGGUGCAAGUCAGGCAACAAAAUAUCGUAGUGUGCAGCAUGCAUCGGUUGUAUUCAAAUCAUAGCCUCUAUUCACUAAGCUUUCCGAUUGAUUCACUACUGGUAGAAAAAUCAUUUAUCUAUAAAAAGGUCUAAUGGUGACUUCUGUAUAAUGUAAUCAUUUGCAAAGCCUUUUAAACUGGGCCUAUGUUCCCACUCUACAUGAGAUUAAGAACGUACUGCAAGCUCACAUUCAGCAUGCCCAAAUAAAAUCACUCACUACUAGAGUUCAAAAUGGUCGCAAGGUAACAUCAAUGCCCAAAAACUGCUUCGUCCAAUCACGGCGUCCGCAAGUGCAACUGUUCUAUUUACAGAUUUCAACUUUUAUCCAGACAACCGGGCCUAUAAUAGCAUCAGAUUCUUUAUAUUACUCCUAGCUGCUGUAUGUCUGAAAUAUUAUUAUAUCUUUUUCUUCUGUUAAUAACAAUCUUAGACGAUUUAUUAGAUCGGACAUGUAUUCACUGAACAGAGAAUUGCAAAAUGUCUGCUAAAAAAAACAAGCUGAGAUCAUAGCUGAGCUGAAGACUAUUUUUCCAAUUAGCAUUAAAUUUGCCAAUUUAGUUUUAAUUCAGCAAUAUUUUCAGUUUAGUUAAUAAGCCCUGCAGGCUUUGGAAACUUAUUUUCAUCCAUAUUUUGGUUGUAGUUUGCCACCACUACAAUGUUAAACUGCUCGUCAUGUUUGUGCAGUUUGCAUUGUCAGUGCUCAAAGCCUAGAUCUCACUGUUCUGUUUGAAGAAUAUUGUUACAUUUAUAAAUGCAAAAGUUGGCAUGCCCUUGUUGUACACAAACGAUUUUUCAUUUCACCAUUACUUUUCCUUAAACUAGGCUAAAUUCAAAUUCCCCAUUGCUUUCCAUUCCGAAUAUUCCCUACAGAUCAACACAAAUUCUGAAUGGUGUGCUAACACUUUGGGGCUUACACCAAUUUGUGGCAAAAUUUGGGCUAAGAUUUCCAAGCUGAGACUAUAGCAUAGUUUUUCAAUUGACAGUUUAGGCAAGACGUAAAUAACCUGGAUAAUGUCACUUCUCUAUCUUUAGCGAAUCUUUCAAUAAACAUUUUUUUUUUUUUUUAAACCAUUCCUGUAUUUCUGUGAGUGAUUGCAAUAGAGAGACAAAGGGAUACAAAUUAAUUUUUUUCUGUUGGAGAUGUGAUCAAAAUUUUAAAGAUGAAGCAUGAGUGAAGGACGUUCCACCACUUUUCCGCUGUUGACACUUUCAUAAUUCUCCCCUUCUCAGUGCAGCCAUAGCUUACUAUUGAGAAUGUAAAGCUGUGUGACCAUACUGAAACCUAGCUAAACAGCACAGGCGGCAGCUACCGGAGCAAGUCGUAUACUUGUGAUAUAGAACAGUUGCUCUAGGACUUGGUCUUCCUUGAGUUUGACUCCUUCGUUAGGUCAAGUGCCCUGAUGUAUUACACAACAUUGCAUUUACUUUGAGGAGCAGAGACAUCAGAGGAGUGACACAGAUGUCUUUAGUGGUAGGAGAAUAUUUUCUUCUGGCAUGGUUCAAAACAUUCAUUUAGUGCGUAGAGAAUGAUGACAAGCAUGCGGAGUGGUCACGAAGAUCAAUGAUAGCACUGAGAGAGCACAAAUGGACCUUCUUAGACUAUUAAUACUUUUACAUAAUGGUGACAGUCCAUCAUGUAUUUUGGUUGAGUCUCAUUGCACAGUGUUGUCUUCCUCGGACAUUGUUUAACGUGUUACCACCAGGCUGAACAAAAAACUUUUUAAAAGUUCAAUAUGUUGUGUUUUCAUUGUGCUUGUAAAUCUGAAAACCAAGUAUGUAUUUCUGUGUAUAAAUACAUGCC